UGUUUUUUAAUCUACAGAAGAUAACAUAGAAUUAGAGAAGAAAACUGACCCAUAAUAAAAAUGUCUCGAAAAAUUUCAAAGGAGUCGAAAAAAGUGAACAUCUCUAGUUCUCUGGAAUCUGAAGAUAUUAGCUUAGAAACAACAAUUCCUACAGAUGAUAUUUCCUCAUCAGAAGAGCGAGAGGGUAGAGUCAAAAUCACCAGGCAGCUAAUUGAAAGAAAAGAGCUACUUCAUAAUAUUCAGUUACUAAAAAUAGAGCUAUCCCAGAAAAAUAUGAUGAUCGACAAUUUGAAAGUGGAUUAUCUUACAAAGAUUGAAGAAUUGGAGGAGAAACUUAAUGAUGCCCUUCACCAGAAGCAGGUACUAACAUUGAGAUUAGACAGCCAAUUGACUUUUCAACAGAAAGAUGCCAGAAAAUAUCAAGAACUAAUGAAACAAGAAAUGGAAACCAUUUUAUUGAGACAGAAACAACUAGAGGAGACAAAUCAUCAGCUAAGGGAGAAAGCUGGAGAUGUUCGUCGAAACCUGCGUGACUUUGAUUUGACAGAAGAGCAAUAUCUGAAACUGAAAGCUUUUCCUGAAGAUCAGCUUUCUAUUCCUGAAUAUGUAUCUAUUCGGUUCUAUGAACUAGUGAAUCCAUUAAGAAAGGAAAACUGUGAACUACAACUGAAAAAGAAUAAUCUAGCAGAAGAAUUAAGCACAAACAAAGACCAACUGAAGCAACUGACAGAGACAUAUGAAGAAGAUCGAAGAAACUACUCUGAACUUCAAAUUAGAUGUCAACGUUUGGCAUUAGAAUUAGCAGACACAAAACAAUUAAUUCAGCAAGGUGACUACCGUCAAGAGAACUAUGAUAAAGUCAAGAGUGAACGUGAUGCACUUGAACAGGAAGUAACUGAGAUUAGGAGAAAGCAUGAAAUACUUGAAGCUUCUCACAUAACUCAAGCUAAAGAAAGAAGUGAAUUAUCAAAAGAGGUAACCACCUUACAGCAGACUGUUACUUUGCUGCAAAAGGAUAAAGAAUAUCUCAAUCGCCAAAACAUGGAGCUUAGUGUUCGCUGUGCCCAUGAAGAGGAUCGCCUUGAAAGACUUCAGGCUCAACUUGAAGAAACGAAAAAGGCUAGAGAAGAGAUGUAUGAAAAAUACGUAACAUCCAGAGACCAUUAUAAAACAGAAUAUGAAAAUAAACUACAUGAUGAACUAGAAAAAAUCAGAUUGAAAACUAAUCAAGAAAUUGAUCAACUUCGAUGUGCCUCUAGGGAAAUGUAUGAACGGGAAAACAGAAAUCUCCGAGAAGCAAGGGAUAAUGCUGUAGCUGAAAAGGACCGAGCAGUGAUGGCUGAAAAGGAUGCUUUAGAAAAACAUGAUCAGCUCCUAGACAGGUACAGAGAACUACAACUUAGUACAGAAAGCAAACUAACAGAAUUUCUCCAUCAAAGUAAAUUAAAAUCCUUUGAAAGUGAGCGUGUUCAACUUCUACAAGAGGAAACUACAAGAAAUCUCACACAGUGCCAAUUGGAAUGUGAAAAGUAUCAGAAAAAAUUGGAGGUUUUGACUAAAGAAUUUUAUAGUCUCCAAGCCUCUUCUGAAAAACGCAUUACCGAACUUCAAGCACAGAACUCUGAGCAUCAGGCAAGGCUAGACGUUUAUGAGAAACUGGAAAAAGAGCUUGAUGAAAUAAUAAUGCAAACUGCAGAAAUUGAAAAUGAAGAUGAGGCUGAAAGGAUUCUUUUUUCCUAUGGGUAUGGUGCUAAUGUUCCCACAACAGCCAAAAGACGACUAAAGCAAAGUGUUCACUUGGCAAGAAGAGUUCUUCAGUUAGAAAAACAAAACUCGAUGAUUUUAAAAGACCUGGAACAUCAAAAGGACCAAGUAACACAGCUUUCCCAAGAGCUUGACAGGGCCAAUUUGCUAUUAAACCAGACUCAACAACCUUACAGAUAUCUCAUUGAAUCAGUGCGUCAGAGAGAUUUGAAGAUUGAUUUAUUGACGGAGUGUAUUUCACAACUUGAGAAAGAUGUCAGCAAUUUAAAUAAAGAAAAGUCAGCUUUACUACAGAUGAAGAAUCAAAUGGCACUAGAUUUAGAACAACUUUUAAAUCAUCGUGAGCACUCAGCACCUAGGUGGUAAACAUAGAGAAGAUGAACAACUGGAUUGAUCCAGAAUUACAUUCUGCCUUCUACUGUAUGUACAUAUAUACAUGUUCAGCUUUCUCGUUAAAUUGUAAGGCUAGAAUUACCUGUAUAUUCCUCACAUCUUGUACGUUUUGAAAUACUGUAGAAAAAGCCAGCAGAUAGACAAGGCUUGGGUUCAUAUCUCAGCUCUGCUACUUACAAUGGAUUCUUGGGACAAUAAUUUCACCCCUCUGAAGUUAGUUUUUGGUCAGUAAAUAAAGAUAAUAUCUACUCUACGGGGUUGUAUAGGGAUUAAAUAAUGUAGUAAAGUUCCUGGCAUGUAACAGUAACUCAACAAAUAUAGUUCCCUUUCCUCUUUUCUUUCCAUUUCAAGGGUCAGUUCAAUAUUAUUUAUUCUUUGAAGCUCUAACUCAACAAAGAAAAACUUAGCUUUCUCUACCUCACUCCUAUAACUUUUAAAAUGUUUCUAUUAAUGUUCAUGUCACUAUAUAUCAUAAUACAGUGAGUGUAUCCAUCUUGCCCAUUAGAAUGCUAAAUUCUUCUUUGUGUCUUAGCUUUAUUUUUUCAGGCUGGGUCUUGCUCUGUUGCCCAGGCUAGAGUGCAGCAGUAUCAUAACAGCUCACUG